UCGAGAUCAGUUCUCCACUGGCCUUCGUAGAGAUCGGUCCGCUGAAAUUAUCUUCUAAAAAUACCUUUUAAAUCGCGAGAAGAGCAAAUAUUCAAAGCGUGACCCACAUUGAAAGCUGUGAAUAUGUCAACCGUACAGACCGUUCUGGGCACCAUUACACCCAACCUGCUGGGUCGAACUUUGACCCACGAGCAUGUUGCCCUCGAUUUCGAGCACUUCUAUCGCCCACCGCCGCCGGAUUUCGAGAGUGAACUCAAGGCAAAGAUCAGCAUGUCCACCCUGGGCUAUGUGCGUCUAUAUCCGUAUUCCAGCAAGGAGAAUGUCCGCUUCUACGAUGGAGAAGCCCUCGAGGCGGCCAAGAAGGAUGUGCUGCUGUACAAGAAGCACGGGGGUGGCGGCAUUGUGGAGAACAGUAGCUACGGCCUGAAACGCAAUCUGGAGUUCAUAGUGGAGCUGGCCAAGAGCACGGGUGUUUACUUUAUUGCCGGCACCGGGCACUACAUCCAUGCCAUGCAGGAUGCCAGUCAUGCCAGCCUAACCGUGGAGCAGAUGAGCGACUUGUACUCCAAGGACAUCAUCACUGGACUGCAGGUCAAUGGCAAGGUGGUCAAGUGCGGAUUCAUUGGCGAGGUGGCCAGCGUGUAUCCCAUUCAUGAUUUUGAGAAGAAUGCCAUCAAGGCGGCCGGUGAGAUUCAGGAAGUCCUUGGCUGUGGUGUUUCCAUGCAUCCGCAUCGUGUUACCAAGGCUCCAUUUGAGAUCAUGCGUCUUUACUUGGAGGCGGGUGGACGUGCCGACAAGUGUGUCAUGUCGCAUUUGGAUCGCACCAUUUUCGACAUCGAUGAGCUGCUGGAGUUCGCCAAGCUGGGCUGCUACAUUCAGUACGAUCUCUUUGGAACCGAGUGCUCCUUCUAUCAGCUGAAUACCAGUGUGGAUAUGAUCUCCGAUGGCCAACGAAUCGACAACCUGAUAAAGCUGAUUAAAGAGGGUUUGGUGGACAAGCUGCUCAUGUCCCACGACAUCCAUACAAAACAUCGAUUGACCUCCUAUGGCGGUCAUGGCUAUCAUCACAUCCAUACGAACAUCCUGCCCAGAAUGUUCGAUCGCGGAGUUACUUUGGAGCAAGUGGAGCAAAUGACGGUCACCAAUCCAGCAAAUUGGUUGGCCUUUGACCCCUAAACCUACAAAUUUUGUUAUUUUGGUAGCAUCUCUUAUCAUGUUAUUCUUGCUGAUAAGAUAAGAGCCGUUCUUUUGGCAAUAAUAAAUGGGCGUGUCUUCGAACUCGAGCUAA